AGAGAGGUUGCCUCGAUCGCUUGCGCAUCGUUCUGCGCAUCGCGUCACUUGCAGCCCCGGCUGGGCUUGCCAGCCCGUCCGCUCCUAUCAGUUACUUAGUUUACAAGCACAUCUGCUCGUAAUAACGUGUCAAACUACAGCGUAAUGCAGGGAGAGUUAUUGUUGUGAGGAGUUUAAUUGAGAGUGCGUGUGUUAUAAAAUGUUAGUGUUGCUUAUAUCAUAAGUGCACAGGUGCUUCGUUAAUUAUAACUAGCAGGCAAAAUGUUAAGAACACGAAUUUAAAGUGAAUUUGUUUUGUUAGGCUAAACGCUGUUAAAAAGUUGUAUUUAAACAUUAAAAUGCCAGGUACGUUGUGUACAGUGGCUGUGUGUACAAAUAGUUUGGUAAAAACAAAAUCUUUACCUGAAACAAAUCAUAAAAUAUCAUCGAUUCCCACGGGAUGAUCAUCUGUUGAAAGUGUGGGUUCAGAAAUGCCGACGUGAUGAUGUUACCUCCAACUUUUGUCCCAGGAUUCCACGAUGAGUCGGCCGUCCAUAAAAUGCGCUAUAACAAACUGGGCGAAACUGACAUGGUAGUUUCUGUGCUUGGGCUAGGAGCAGCAGCAUACAGCAAUAUAUAUGCGAGUUUUUCAGAGGACGAAGCCAUUAUCACGAUACGGGAAGCCAUAAAGAAAGGAGUGAACUACAUCGACGGAGGCUACUGGUACGGACAAGGCCGAGCUGAAGAGGUCAUCGGCAAGGCCUUAGAAGGUAUCCCCAGGAAAGCAUACUACAUUGCAUCCAAGGUGGGUCGCUAUGAAUUGGAUCGACAGAAGAUGUUCGAUUUCAGUGCAGAAACUAGCAGGAAGAGCAUAGACCGAAGUCUGCGGUCUCUUAAGCUCGAGUACCUGGAUCUUAUACAGGUCCACGACGUGGAGUUCGCGCCGAGCCUGGAGCACGUGAUGGCCGCCACGAUGCCCGCGCUGGAGGAGGCGGUGCGGGCGGGCAAGGCGCGCCACGUGGGCGUGACGGGGGAGCCUGUGUGCGUGCUGCAGCAGGCCGUGGAGCGCAGCCCCGUCCGGGUGGACACCGUGCUGUCCUACUGCCGCGACACCCUCAUCGACGACACGCUCAAGCAGUUCCUGCCCUUCUUCCAGAGCCGCGGAGUGGGGGUGGUCCACGCCUCGGCGACGGCCAUGGGGCUGCUGACGAACGCGGGGCCCCCCGCGUGGCACCCGGCCCCAGACAGCAUGAAGUCGGUGUGCGCGCUCGCCUCUGCCUACUGCAAGGAGCGCGGCGUGGAGCUGGGCCGGCUGGCGGUGCACCACAGCCUGAGCCAGCGGGGCCCGGCGGUGAACGUGGUGAGCAUGGCGAGCCGCGAGCUGCUGCGCGCCAACCUGCAGCUGGUGCACGAGGGCCUCAGCGCGCGGGAGCAGGCCGUGCUGCAGGAAGUGCGCGACAGGUUCCUCAGCAAGCUGCCGCAGAAGCACUGGGAGGGGGUGCAGCUGGAGAAGCACCGGGCCAGCCUCGCCAGAGCCGCGUCCUCUCAGUGACGCGCCCGUCGCUUGUACCGUCGUGCCCUGCAUUCCUCGAGAUCAAUAAACCAGUUUACUCCCAGCA